ACCUUUUCUGUUUGCAUCAAGUCUCCUCUUCCUUUCCUAACCUUCCCUUUCCUUUCCUUUCCUUUCCUUUGUUCAGUUCUUCUUCUUGUUACUUGUGCUGUGAGUUAUUUAGAGAAGAUGGCUCAGGGAAGAGGCAGUGCAGCUAGAAUUGUAAUGGUUGGGAUCCAAUUGCUUGCCCUUUUGCUUCACUGCGAGAUUGUCCAUGCAGCUACCUACACAGUUGGGGACUCUGGUGGAUGGACCUUCAAUGUUGUUAAUUGGCCGAAAGGGAAGAGCUUCAGGGCUGGUGAUACUCUUGUUUUCAAGUACAGUGCAUCCUCACACGACGUGGUUGCCGUAGACAGGAAUGGUUACAACAAUUGUAAGACACCAAGAGGGGCUAAAGUGUAUAAAUCAGGGAAUGAUCAGAUCAAACUGGCUAAAGGGCAGAACUACUUCAUCUGCAAUUAUCCUGGCCACUGUGAAUCAGCCAUGAAAAUUGCUGUUAAUGCAGUGUAAUCCAAGAUGGAAAAUGAGUAAUCUGUCUCUUAUAAUAGAGUUAAAUGAGUAGCAAUACUGUAGUAGAGUAAAGUACUCCAUGUGAACCUGAGAAAUAAAGCCAGUAGGUCCUCUUGGUGACCUUUAGUGAGUCUUUACCUGGUCCCUUGUGAGUCCUUUGUCUGGCCUUUUGUGGGUGUCUAUGUAGCCUUUUUUUUUUUUUUGUGUGGCUACUAUGUAGCCUUAACUUGAGAAUAGAAAAUGAUAUUAAAUAAAGCUUAUGUUCUGUA